UCUGGGCUGGGUGUCAUGCGCAGUAAAGCUGCGGCCAUGUUCUCGGAUAAAUAUAUGCAAAAUUUUGAUAUUUUGAUUAUUUUGUGUGCCGCACAAGCUAAAAACAAUGGUUAUAUACCCGCAAAAUGCAGGAGAAAUUAACAUAGGAAUACAUGAGCAUGCUACAAUAAUGUUCCGGUCAUGGAAGAUAUCAUGGUUGAAAGCUUCUCUGUAGAAAUGACAUCAAAGUGGAAACGUACAUGUAUGUUAAUUUGUGAAAGAUGACGUGAGACAGUGAAAAUGUGUUCUUUCACAGCCAAAGACUUUCUAUUUACAUAGACACCCUUAUUUACCAGAUAUAAACAUGAACUUUGACAAUGGUCAGGGUCUGAAAUUUGGAGUGUCAAACUAUGGCCAGGGAUUGGCAAAUGCCACCAAUGUGUGUCACUUUCAGUAUAUGGGGAUGGGUGAGGCUCAAGGGGCCAUGAAACCAGGCCAGGGGAUACCACAGAUGCCGGUUGACCGAAAUGCAUUUGUUCCUUCAUAUCACAAUGUCGGACUGGCUCACCAUCAAGGCAAUCCAGGAGCCCAAGCUGGUUUUCCAAUGGGGGUCAACAUCUCUAUGUCAUCGCCCAUGUCUUUCAACUCCCUGCCCCCAAUGGAAAGCUUUGGUGGACAUAACCAAGGAUUCCCACCCAACCAGAGACCGGGGAUGAAUUACAAGAACUUCAAUAACUGGGUCGGUCCAAACCAGAGCAAUCAGACCUCCCUUCCAAGCAUUGGUCACUUGUGGUCACACUUCCAGCAACAGCAGAUUCAGAAGCAUACUGUACAACAGCCUCCCCCACACCAGCAGAACUUCUACCCCAACCAGCAGCAUAUGCAGGGUUUCCAAAAUACACUUGCCCUAAGUCCAAAUAUGGCGGGGGGACCACGUGGACAAAACAUCAGCUAUCAAUACCAAGCUCAGAAUCCGACCGUUGUGAACCAUUCUAGGAUGUAUCAAAAUUUCCCCCAGGAGAGAAUGCAGAACUGUAUAUAUGGAAGUCAAAACGUUCCGGCAGUCAGUCAGAGUGUUUCUGGUGUCAAUGAUCAACAUACUGCUAAAGCACCUGGCCAGUCACAUCCUGUUCCCCAUGUAGGAACACCUGGUCCUCAGGUGACGGCCAUUUGUAACCAGGUGACUAAAACUACCACCACGAUCACCAUGACCAACUGUAACAGUUCACCCCUGACCACUGCAAUGGCACAUGUGAAUGUGACGGUUCCUUCCGUUCUUACGUCGGUUGCUGUGACCAAACCUUCAGAAGGAGCUGGAGAGAGCCCUCGACGAACCCCGGGGGCGGAGACAGUGCCAUCGGUCACUGUAUCUGGUUGUGCUUCACACCACACUAAGCCCAAAGUAAGUGAUGGUGCAGAUUCUGAGGGAACUGAGUGCGAACAGGACUCCAUGGAAUCCAAAGACAUUGAACAGAGUUUGCAGAUUGUUAAGGUGCCGUUUGGCUGGAGGAGGACGACAGAGGAUGGGGCAGUGGUGUACUACAGUCCCAGCAACACAAGGCUUUGUUCGUACCAUGAAGUAUGCAAGUAUCUGUCUGCAGAGGGCACCUGCAAGUGUGGCUUGGAGUGUCCACUCUUGGUGGAGAAGGUGUUUAACUUUGACCCACUGGUCAAUGGGAAACUGUGGACUGUGGAUGACAUGGCUACAGGGGACCUCACCAAGUUGUGUAUUCACAAACGCAAAAUUAUUGCAAUGGCAACUUUUCAGAGUAGUCGGUCGAUGUCUGUUUCUAAAGCUACGGAUAAGAUCAGUCAUUCAGGAACAGGAGGUCAUUCAAAGAAAGGUAAGAAGAGCAAAAGCAAAGUGAACUCUACACCAUAUGAUGGGCUGUUGGUAUCACAGCUUCUGGCUCAGAAAGGAAAGGUGAAACCACCGAUGAAUCACACCCACAAGCACACCAAAUCAAAGGGUGAUGGUUCACAGAAUCCCACAGAUGGACCUGCAUCUAAGUCGUCAAAUAAUGUCACUACUGUUUCUAAUGCUGUACCAAAGAUGUUUGAAAAUAAGUCAGUUCCUUGCAAAUCUCAAGCUUUGCAACAGUUACAACAAGUAAAUAAGCUCAACAACUCCGUUGGCAACAUAAUGCCAGAUCCAGCUGAUGACCUUGGCCCGAUAACGUGCCAAGUCCCGGCCAAACUGGACUUCAGCAAAGAAGGCUUCCUGGAGGAUCAGAAGAAUAGGCUUCAGACGUCUAUGGCCGGACAUAGUGUUGGUCAGACAAUCUUCCAUCAAGGGUCUGUGUCCCCUCAAGCUCCUUUUAGUCAAGAACAGCUGAAGCACCAGUUGUUGAUGCAACAGUCUGCUUCUCCAUGUGCUCCCACUGCCAGUCCCUCUUUAGUCAAUUCUGUUCCAAACCACAUGUACGGACCAAAUGUUCCUCAACACUUCCAGUGCCAGUUGCCUAUGAAUAUGCAGCAGAAUUCUGGAAACAUAAUGUUCCAGACUCUAAUGCAUGUGCAGAAUCCACAAGCCCAAAGAUUUACGAACCCUCCUGUGUUUGAACAAGCCAACAUGCAAGGCAAUCAUUUGCAGGUUGGAUCCCAACCAAAUCUCAUGAUCAACCAGGGCUAUCCUCAUUUAGGUAAUCUGACCUGGCUGGACCCAGGGAAACCAAAGGCCAAGAGGCCUAGAAGCAAGAAGGAUAAACAGAAGUUGAACAGCAUUCUCGACAGGACGUCUCCUUGUCCGAAUGUUGAUGUCCGACACAUACCUCAGGAAGCAUCAAAGAAUCCAUCCAGCAUCAACACUAGUGUAUCAUUCAUGGAAAAUCCAGCAGCAUUUCUUGCUCAACAAACAGCUCUUGUUCAUAGUUCAUUAAGUUCCACAAAGACAGACAUGUCUCAACCAAGUCCACGGACACCACAACCUUCUGUAUCCUCCCCUCCAAGUGUAUCCACCUCAAUUCAAAAUAAGACUGUACCUGUAACCACAGCUUCUUCACCAGCAUCUGAACCCUCGGAAGAGGUACCAGACAAAGUAUUGCCAUCUAAAACAUGUAGUAUUAGUGUACCAUCUGCAACAUCCAGUACAUCAACUGGCACUGUGACUACUGCUAAAACCCCAGGAUUGUUGAAAGUUGAUGACAGUGCAAACUGUGAUAGAUCAGAUACACCUGCUAUAGAAAAAUUGAAUGUUUCUGAGAAAGAAGCUAGUGCAUCUGAACAGUGUUGUGAUGACAAAACCAGAUCAAGUCCUGCCAGCAAUGCCACUCUACCUACAGAUGCCAAAGCGAACUCUUUAGAAUCAAGUGAGACUAAGGACUCAGAUUGUAUCAGUGAAAAUAACAUAACUAACAGCACUAAGCCAAAUGUUUCACAUCAGAGCCAAACACCUGUAAGUAGCAAUGCCACAAUUGUCACUCUAGCUUCCACUGUCUCCGCACCAGACCCAUCCACUACUGCUACAAAUUUGGUAAUGCCAAACGAAAUUUCUGAACUGAUAGCUGCUAAUAAUCUGAACCUCAAUGCUGUUCAACAAGCUUUAAGUCAGCAAGGACCAGGGGAGUUUCCUGCCAGCACACUACUGUCCGCUGCAGCAAGAGCACAGGGCUCUCAGCAAAACCCACUUAAUGUUCUACUAGGCCAGCCAAUGCAAGUCAGCCCUUCUUUGCAAGUUCCUACUGGGCAGGAAACUGCCCCACCAGCUGCCAUUCCUGACAUCAUGAACAAAGCAGGCAUUAACACGUUAGAUCAGUUGAAUUUAUCUCUACAACAGCAAGGAGGUGGAACUCUCAUGCUUCCUCAGAACCCAAAUAUUUUGGCAGGUGCUCUUCCUGGGGGUUAUAUCAAUACACUGAAUGGUCCUACUGUGCAAGGAUUACCUCUCAACAUGUUCCUCCCUGUUAACCAACCGAUAGGCAAUUCCACAGGUUUAAAUCCUGCUCAAAACGUAUUGAUUGGUCUUGAUCCUAAGUCAGGUGCCAAUUCACAAACUUCAAAACAGGCCACAACAACAGGUAGAGUUUCAGGAGUAGAGACUACUAAGGGUUUGGAUGGCUUUAAUGGACCUGCUGUGAACUUCCCUACACUAUUUGCAAAUGUUCCUGGUGGCCCGAGUACUAUUGGUGCUAACAUGAAACUUUCAACAACAUCUUCCUCAAAUGCAUCCCAAGUUUCUGCUGGUGUCAAUGCUUCUUUGCUAAAUAAUCAGUUCCCAUAUGUCACCAUGAACACUCCUAUGCCUCCGAUGUCUCUUCCCCUUGUAACCAAUGUCACAAACAGCCUAUCACAAGUGAUCCCAGCAGUUGGUGUUCCUCAAACUGUUCUGAAUCAGCAACCUGUUACGUCGCUCAUCAGCACUGUGACUGUCCCAACAUUAAACAAUUCCGUUGUUAUUACAAACCAAAUACCCUCAAUGCAUACCUCCCAGACUGGGACACAGAACAUUGCAUUUAUGGGAGUACAACAACCUCAAGGGGGUGAGUCUGAAACCAAUGCAAAUGUAGGCACAGCUGAAGAUGUCAACAGUGUUGGCAGUUCUAUGGCCAGUAAUGAAACAGUGUGUGUAAGUGAAAGUGGCCAAGCUAAUGUUCCAAAGCUUGAGGCAGCCCAUCAGGGCGUGGAGACUCUCAUGAACAAACUUGUCAGUCCGACAAAUGAAGUCAUAGAACAAAUGAAUAAUAACACAGGUCAGGUUGUGCUUCUACCAAAUCCAAAUAUUCCCUUGCUUCAGCUGUAUGGAGCUAAUCCAUUGUUACCAGCACCUGGGAUAGAUAAGUUUGGUUUGAAUAGCAUGCAGCAAGUCAUGCUGCAUGGGACAAUGAUUGAUCCUCAGCUGUGCCAAGGCCAGGCAGCUGUUGGAGGAGGUCUCAAUCUCCUCCAGAUGCAACAGAUGUGGAACAAUGCUGGCAACGGCAACAUGACCAAUCUGAAUGCAAUACAACUUCAACAGCUGCAGGCACUUCAGCUGCAACUUCUGCUGCAACAGAUCCAGGGAAUGCAAUCCCUUGUCAACCAAAUCCAGCUCCAAGGUGCUGCUCAACAGACCCUGAAUCCGGAUGGAACCAUACCAACUCAAGAAGUACCCAAUGUGGGAGAAGUGGAAGAGGAAGUGAAGGUUGAGGUGAAAGAAGAAGAGGAUGAUGAGGAGGAUGAUGUGGACACCCAGGAUGCAGAUUUGAGUCCUUCAGGGGAAUGUGAAUUCAAAAGUGAAUGUGAUCAAAAUGUAAGCAAGAAUUUCUCUCCGGAACAACCUGUUAAUGAUAAUGAUGUGGGUUAUGGCGUAAAAGAUUCAGUUGAUAAUGAGGUUUCUCAAGAGUCCAAAGCUGUAUGUGAUGCAACAGGUGCUGGUGCAAAUGACAUUACCUGUUCGAAGUCUGAAGAUGGGGACAGUUUACCUGAGACAUCACAGACUAAGAAAGAUCAGGAAUUUGGAGUUAGUGAGAAUUCAAGAAGUGACAGUGAUAAACAGUCAUGGCAUAAUACUGACUCUGACGAUGUAUCCUCAUCAACUUUGUCUGUGUCUGAUUCAGCAGGUGAACAAAAAUCAUGUGACUCUAACUUGUUGGACUCCUCUAAAACUGGUACAGCUUUGAGAACAAAUCCACAAAAAGCAUCAUUAGGAGAAGCAGAACCUCCUUCGGGGUCAAAUGCAGUAAUGGGUCGUGGUUCAUCCAGCAGUGUACUGGAUGGGUCCGCAGCCACAGCUUCAGAUCUGCCCCAUGCCAACCACAAUGGGCCGGAGGAGGACUUGUGUGAUGAUACUGAUUCACUGGAUGAUGAUAUGUCUCUCGAUGACCUGCGGAGGGGGUUGAAACGAGCCAGGACGGAUGAUGAGACGGAUGUGGACUCCACGAGUAUUGACAACUUUGAUGAAGAGUCUAUUGACGGCAUGGUGUCUGAAGGCUACCUUCAGAACUUCUCCACAGGAGAUGUUGUAUGGGGUCAGAUCCGAGGUUUCCCACUAUGGCCUGGCAAGCUGGUUCCAGAAAGUGCUGCUGAGGGAAUUGAACUGAACCCUUCCUUAGAGGACCGGGCAGAUGCUGUACUGGUCAUGUGGUAUGGGGAUCAUACAUUUACUCGAGUUGAGCCGCAGAGACUCAAGACGUGGCGUGAAGGAAUGGUUGCUCAUCACAAAACGAGGAGGAAAUACCGCAGAGGUAGGAAGAUGAACUCCCAUCUCGAGGCGGCUAUCCAGGAGGCUGUCAAGGACAUCAAGGACAUGCCUGUAGUGAACUCGGACACAGCCACAUUGAAACCGUCGGUCAAGGGGCGUGCGACAAAGAAGAGGAAGGCUUGACGCCUCAAUGAUUACUCCAGUACACAGUCAAACCUUGAAGAGAGCCUGCAUUCACUGAAUGUUUUUGUGGUUGGAUAGUGCACAUUCAGUCCAGGGAGAAAGUACAAGAGCGAUGUAUAAUAAAUAUCAUCAUGACAUUCUAUGGACAGGGAUUAUUUAUGUCCAGGCAGUACGGGAAUUUACUUUCCUGAUUGAUGUGAUGUCUGUUCAUCAGUGAGAAACCAUGUUUGAAACAUUUUGAACUCUUGAGAACACUGUAUUAUGCUGGUUUGAAAAAUUAUAUCUAAGUUCAUUAUGGCAUCAACACAAAUAAGAUUCUAAUCAUAACAGUUUAUAAGAACUACGUUAUAUAUCAGGUUAUAAGUAAUAGAAAAUUGAGAGUGUAAAUUGCAUCAAUUUUGAAAAUACUGCUUGUCAUUUUAUUCAUAGAGUGUAAUGAUAUCUUGCACAAGUUACUGAUCUUGUUCGUCUUUCCCACAAUUUCUUUUCUUGACAUCAAGGGUUUGGAUGACUGCCAAUUGAUCAAUUGAUUGAGGUUCACUUCUGAGCUGUAUUUCACUCUAGACAUGUGAUACGGCAAAGGGCGAGCAUACAAUAAUGGUGGCCAUCCACAACUGGUGGCAAGACUGCACAGGGCAAGCAUUAUACAAUUAUUGACUUCUAGUGAGGUUGAUCCAAUCAUUUAUCGACCUUGGACAUGUGAUAUUCACCGAGGCGAAACCAAAGCUGAGGUGAAUAUCACAUGACCAAGGUCGAUACAUCAUUGGAUCAACCGAACUGAAGUCAAUAAUUGUUUUAUUAUAUGACAAAAGUACUGAAUACCUGUUCUUGUGUCACAUAGCAUACCACUGAUGGCGUUGCACAUGACCCAGAGGUGCAUCCAUUUUGAUACAGAUGGGACGUAACUCUAAACCAACACAGUCACACGGACGAAGCGAUGCCUAUUGCUUCCUUAUCUGGAACAGCUGGAAUAUCCCAAAUCUAUUUUUAACCACGGGAGGUUCUUGGAUUGUUAUAUCAACUUCUCGCGAUGUGGCGAGGUUGACAUCGCUUAGCGUCAAAGCUGUCAUGUGACCAAGUGGGCCAAUCAGCAGGACGGAAAUCUACCCGUCAUAUAAUAAGCAAUAACGGUGGUCAUCCACAACUGGUGGCAAGACUAUGAGAUUUAUUCUGGAGGAAAAAUCAGAAAGGUGCAUUCAUUUGUUAAUGGUGAUUCCACUAUGAAGGGGAUGUGCCUAUUUGAGAGGUACCUGGCAUGUACCAGGCAAGAGAAAAUUCAUAAACUUACUGACUGUUGCACCUCCAUGUCCUGCCACCUACACCAUGUGUUGCAGUAAUGAGAGUUACGGCCCUUUGGUAUGUCAUUCCUGGUUGCCCAGUCAUUUUAAGUUGUAACAUGGCAACACCUGAUAAAUAUCUGUUAAGUCUUGGAGCAUAAAUUCACUAAAUUCAGAGAGUGAGUUGAGACAUUUU